AUGCAGGACGAGGUGAUGCAGGACGAAGUGAGCGAGACAGAGAACAUCCGGAAGUCGCUGUCCAUAGAGCGCAUGAUCGUGGACGGCUGCGACAUUCUGCUGGACGUCAACCAGACCUUCGUACGGCAAGGAACUCUGGUGCAGCUGUCUGUUGACCGAGGCAGAUCCUCCUCCCGUGUUCGCCUCAGCAACAAGGACAAGGAGUCGGCCCGCCAGUGUUUCCUCUUCUCCCAGCACCUCAUCAUCACCACACGGGGCUCCGGUGGCAAGCUGUACCUCAGCAAAGUGCGCAAGGGCGGGGCGAGGAUUUCUCUGAUGGACGCUACUCUAACUGAGGACAUCACGGAAGGCUCGGAUGAAGAAAGCACAGACUCCACCAUCACAAGCAGCGAGAAUGAGUCCUUGGCGUUCAAACUGACGGUGGAGAGUAAGCAGGGUCCGCCGGCCGUGUACGUCCUUAUGGCGGCAACCACCCAGGAGAAAGGCGGCCUGGUGUAGCCAUA